AUGUUGGAGAACUACAGCAACCUGGUUUCUGUAGGCCUUUCUGUACCAAAACCAGAGCUAGUCACCUGUCUUGAAAAGAACAAAGAACCCUGGAUCAUGAACAUAGGGGAAGUAGAAGGUAGAGACUCAGCUCUGUCAUUUUACCAGACCCAGGAGGUCUCACAACAGAAAUACAAACAAGAUUCUUUACAGGAAGAAAGAACAGGCUUAUUCGAAACUAUUGGUCUUGACAUGUUACAUACAAGGAAGUUCUGGGAUUAUCAUGGUGACAACAGAGAAUAUGAGUCAUGUUAUCAUGAGAGUGAUGUUUAUGACAAACAUGCCGAAGGCAUUAUUUAUGAAAAACAUCAAGAACCUCUGGCCUCCCAUCUUCAAUAUCAUAGAAGAAUCCAUACUGGAGAGAAAUCUUAUCAAUGUGAUGACUGUGAAAAGUACUUUAGAGAUGAAUCAUCUCUUCAUGUUCAUCAGAGAAUCCAUACUGGAGAAAAACCUUAUAAAUGUGAUGAAUGUGGAAAGUCCUUUGUUCAAUUCUCCCAUCUUCAAUGUCAUAGUAGAACCCAUACUGGAGAGAAACCUUAUAAAUGUGAUGAAUGUGGAAAGUCCUUUGUUCAAUUCUCCCAUCUUCAAUGUCAUAGGAGAAUCCAUACUGGAGAGAAACCUUAUAAAUGUGAUGAAUGUGGAAAGUCCUUUGUUAAGUCCUCCCAUCUUCAAUGUCAUAGGAGAAUCCAUACUGGAGAGAAACCUUAUCAAUGUGAUGACUGUGGAAAGUACUUUAGAGAUGGAUCAUCUCUUCAUGUUCAUCAGAGAAUCCAUACUGGAGAAAAACCUUAUAAAUGUGAUGAAUGUGGAAAGUCCUUUGUUAAGUCCUCCCAACUUCAAUGUCAUAGGAGAAUCCAUACUGGAGAGAAACCUUAUAAAUGUGAUGACUGUGGAAAAUCCUUUGUCCAGUCAGCCAAUCUUAAAUGUCAUAGGAGAAUCCAUACUGGAGAGAAACCUUAUAAAUGUGAUGACUGUGGAAAAUCCUUUGUCUGGUCAGCCAAUCUUAAAUGUCAUAGGAGAAUCCAUACUGGAGAGAAACCUUAUCAAUGUGAUGACUGUGGAAAGUACUUUAGAGAUCGAUCAUCUCUUCAUGUUCAUCAGAGAAUCCAUACUGGAGAAAAACCUUAUAAAUGUGAUGAAUGUGGAAAGUCCCUUGUUAGGUCCUCCCAUCUUCAAUAUCAUAGGAGAAUCCAUACUGGAGAGAAACCUUAUCAAUGUGAUGACUGUGAAAAGUACUUUAGAGAUGAAUCAUCUCUUCAUGUUCAUCAGAGAAUCCAUACUGGAGAAAAACCUUAUACAUGUGAUGAAUGUGGAAAGUCCUUUGGUCAAUUCUCCCAUCUUCAGUGUCAUAGUAGAACCCAUACUGGAGAGAAACCUUAUAAAUGUGAUGAAUGUGGAAAGUCCUUUGUUAAGUCCUCCCAUCUUCAAUGUCAUAGGAGAAUCCAUACUGGAGAGAAACCUUAUAAAUGUUAUGACUGUGCAAAAUGCUUUAGGCAUGGCUCUUCUCUUCAUGUUCAUCAGAGAAUCCACACUAGAGACAAAUGA